AACAAAAAAGAACAAAUGGAGAACAUUCAUGAAUUCCCUUCUAUCAAUUCAGUCAUCAAAUGAUAUUAGCAUAGUAAAUCUUUCUUUUCUCAAUUCAAGGAUGGUUGAGUUUAAUCUUUCUCCUCCUAAUUGCUUCAGCAGCUUACUCUACCGGCAUUUUGAUCCGCCGAUGCAUGGAUGCAAAUCCUGAAAUAAUAACCUACUCUGACAUAGCUGGCCAUCCUUUUGGUCGAAAAGGAAGAGUACUAGUAUCCAUAUUUACUUUAGAAUUGUAUUUUGUAGCAGUUAGAGUCUUGAUACUCAAAGAGGACAACUUACGUAAAUUAUUCCCACAUUUUGCAAUGAAGCUUGGAAGCCUCAAUGUAGAUCGGAGGCACUCUUUUCUGAUUCUUACAUGGGCUGUAAUAUGGCUUUCUUUGUUACUAACAGAUUUGAGUGUAUUAUCCUAUGUUUCUGCUUGUGGUCUGCUAUCUUCCAUUGUGAUCAUUGUUUGUGUCUUUUGUGUUGGUUUGACUGGAGGGGUAGAGUUUCAUGGGGAAAGAAAGCUUAUAAAGUUUAGUGGAAGUCCUGCUGCACUAAGUUUAUAGACUUUCUGCUAUGGAGUUCAUGCAUACUUCCCCACUUUAUAUAGUUCAAUGAAAAACAAAAAUCAGUUCCCUAGGGUGUUACUUGUAAGUUUUAUACUUGUAAGUUCAUGCAUAUCUAUGGAGAAAAUGGGCAAUCCCAGGUGACAUUGAAUAUGCCUAUAAAAAAAAUUAGCUCUAAGAUAGCAAUAUAUAUAGUAUUAGCAGGUCCAAUAGCCAAAUAUGCUCUGGCAAUGACACCAGUUGCCAAUUCAGUCGAAAGCCAAUUGCCAGUCAGUUAUCAAAACAGAAAGCUGAUUAGCAUUAUCAUCAGAACAAGUUUGCUAAUUAGCAAUGUGGUUAUGGCAAUCUUAUUCCCAUCUUUCCAGUUAGUGAGAUCUCUAAGCGGAGCGAUUCUAGUUGUGUCUUGUUCGUUCCUGCUCCCAUGCAAUUGCUACUCGAGAAUUUUUUAAGUAUAUAAGAACUGGGGAUUUGAGCUUGCAGGUAUUUUCAUAGUACUGAUAUUGGCAGGAAUAGUUGGAGUGGUGGGUACUUAUUCCUCCAUUGUUGAUUUUGUAAAUGUUGUGAAACACUGUAAUUUGAAGUUGUUAUUAAUCUGUGAUGAAUUUAUAAGCUAGUAUUCUGAGAUUUCUAAGUAUGAAGAAGUUCUAAUAUAUACAGUUUGGGUGUAACGGUCUUAUUGCUACCCUGUUGUACCCUAAGCUCUAUGUCGACGUUCUUCUUUCCAUCCUGAGAAUGGUAGAAGCGAGAAGAAAGGUUGCUCCUAUUCUCAGCUUUUAGGACUGUCGUGACAAUACCUGAGGCCUUGACCUUCGGUCCUUAGCUGUUGGUCUUGUUCUGUUAACUGCUGUACUGUUGGUUCUUACUUUUGUUCUUCAACAAAUGUAAAGCAUGCUUAGUUUUUUUUUUUUCAUCCAAAUGUACACCAUACUUGAUAAACUUUUGUAAAGGUGAUAAACUGUAAUGAAAGGGAUUGUGCAGUUAUUGAAGAAGAAGGUUUCUUGAAGAUGAAUGCUUUCAUGCUUUUUUCUUUUUUCUGUUUUCUUUCUUUUCUGCAACUCUUUGGGGUACUUGUAAGCCACAAAAUCCCAAGAUCACAAUCAAGAUAGUAUUCUUUUUUAUAUACUCAAUUCAAAAAUUAUUAAGAGAGAAGUUUAACCAAUUAAGAAAGAGCCAAAGAUCAGUAGCAUUAUCAAUAAGAGUGGACUGACUCAACAUAUGGUAAUCGUUUUGAAAGACAAGCCAGAAUUGAGACAUUAGAAUCACAAACUGUUGGGCACGAAAUUGGAAGUAGCUGGUGAUAAAUAACUGAAAAACGAGAAUCAAAAGAAAUGGUGGUGGCUCUUCGGGCAAGAGUGGGUGCUUUACCCGCCAAAUUUGGAGUCAAUUUUAACAAACCCCUAAUUCUACAUCCGAAGCUUCUCUAUUGCUCCUCCGUACCCAAGUUCAGUCUUAGCUUCAAAUCUUCUUUGGCGUGUUAUUGCAUCAAAAGCAAGAUUACUGAUAGCUCCAUUGAGGGAUUUUCAGUGCUUUCAUCAGAUAUUCCAUGGGAAAGAGGAAGCAUAUGGAGUAUUCUGGCCAUUUAUAUGUUCAAUUUGCACAUCCCUUUGGGUAUUGGAGGCUUGUCUAUAGUUGCCUAUUUAUUGCAGCAAUCUCUUCUUGAUCCACAAACCGAAGUGUUAUCACUGCUUGUCAUCCAAAUUUUAGAACUCAUUGGGGUCCUGGUUCUACUUAGAUUCACUGGCAAGCCAGAAAAUAAGCUAUCAAGCUUCUUCAAAUCAUAUGAAUUACCUAAGGAGAGGAACUGGGUGUUAGCAUCACUGCUAGGUUUUGGGUCUUUAACUUUAUUGGUGUUUCUUACAUCAUUCCUCGCCGAUGUAUUCAUUGAAGCCAAGGAUGUGAGUAACCCAAUCUUGAAGGAGAUUCUUCUGAGCAGCAACGUAUCAAAAACUGCUUGCGUACUAGUUUACUGCUUUGUCACACCCUUAAUGGAAGAAAUUGUUUACAGAGGAUUUCUGUUGACAUCUCUAACCUCUACAAUGAACUGGCAGAAAGCAGUUUUUCUUAGUUCCAUGGUUUUUAGUGCAGCUCAUUUUUCUGGCGAGAACUUUCUACAGUUGUUUGUAAUUGGAAUAGUCCUUGGAUGCUGCUACUGUUGGACUGGAAACUUGAGUUCCUCCAUUGCAGUACAUUCCUUGUACAAUGCUAUGACACUAAUCAUAACUUUUGUAUCUUAAACAAAGUUUCACUUGUCUUUCUCUGUUUGCUUAAGAGUUGUUUUCAGAAGUUGAAAUUUUCAUUCAUAUGUACAAGGGUUCCCCAUAUAUCAGACAUGGUGGCACUCAUGAAGCUUCCACAUAAAAUCCAUGGCCAUUUUGAGGAGACACAAAUCAUAUUUGGGAGACAACGUUUGGUCCACAUAAUCAUUCUUUACGAAAGAACUCAUUUUGUCUUCCAACUUUUUGUCACCCUCUUUGGCCUGUAAUCAUUAAACUCUUUUUUUUUU